AUGGGUACGCUGCUUCGUACUUCCCACUCUUCUUUUCGUUCUUGUUCUUAUUGUUAUUCUACUCUUACUGCUGCUGCUACUACUAGUAUUGCUAAAAAAAACCCGAAUCACAAUCUGAAUCAAAAUCAUUUCUUGAAAUCUACCUGUUGUUCACCUAAUGUUGUUAGCUAUAACACAUUGAUUAAUGGAUUUUGUAAAGAGAAAAGAAUUGAUGAGUUAAUGAAUCUCUUUCAUGAAAUGUCCAACAAGAGAGUAACUCCAGAUGUUGUGACUUACAGCACUCUUAUAGUUGAGUUAUGUCGAGUGGGGAGACGCAAGGCUGCUCUAGAGCUAUUCCAUAAGAUGCAGGCUUGUGGCCAACCUCCAAAUCUCCAAACUUAUGCUGUCUUGUUGGACGGCCUGUGUAAGAAUGGACAAGUUGUUGAGGCAAUAAAAGUGUUUCUUGAGAUGGAAGACAAAACGUUGUGCAACAAUAUUGUGAUUUACAACAUUUUGAUUGACGGUUUGUGUAACGUUGGGAAUCUUAAAGUUGCAAGAGAACUCUUUUAUAGUCUACCUGUGAAAGGAUUGCAACCCAAUGUUCGAACUUACACCAUAAUGCUGAAAGGGCUUUGCAAAGAGGGACUAAUAGAUAAAGCGAGUGAGCUGCUUGAGAAAAUGGAUGGGAACGGUUGUACCCCUAACGAUUGCACAUAUAACACAAUCAUCCAAGGGUUAUUGCAAUGGAAUGAGACAUCAAAGGCAAUGAAAUAUCUCAAAAUAAUGGUCGACAAGGGUUUUUCAGCGAAUGUGACGGUUGCAACCAUGUUGGUUGACUUGCUAUCAUCUAAUCAAGUAGAUAAGAACAUUCAAGAAUUACUUCAUAAGUUUGUGUGAAGGUUUUUUAACUUCUCCAGAUCAUGGACAAGCUUCAUAUUUUUAC